GACCUGUUAUUUGCAUCACAUAUUACAGAUGCGCGAUGCAGUAAUAUCUUUUCUUUUUCUUUUUAUUUUUCCUUUUCUUUUUCUAAUUUUUUUUGGUGCAACACCGUCAUUCUUAUGACCUAAAAUGCUAAGCCCUUUUCCGUCUCCCCUCUACCCCCUUUCUCUUGCAUAUUCUCUUUCCCAGAUCUUCAUUGUUGAAAAUCCAAAACCUCUGUCUCUCCUUAAAAAAAAUUAAGUAUUGAGCUUGCCCUUCAAAGCCUUCUUUCACCAUACCAUCCCAAUCUCUCCAUUUUCUUUGAAAACUCAAGCUAUGCUGAUUUGGUAUUCAGAGGCAAAACCCUAGGUUCCAGCGGAGCGACGAAGAAUAGCAUAAUUUGAGGAGCUGAUUCUAUCUCCUCUCCUCGCUCUUCCUUUCACUUGUUCAAAUUUCUGAUUUCUGGAGGCUAAAGUUUGACGAUUCUUGGAAAAAUCAAAGAAAAAAACAUGCAUAUAAGAUAAUGAUGAGGAUGAUGCAGCAAAGGCUUGCGAAGGAAAAAUCACUUUGAUGAAGAAGCAAAAAUUUCGUCACUUAAGAUCUGGCAACAAUGAAAUUUUGCAGCCUCCCAAGAAAAUUCGUUGCAUCGGGGUGCGACACCAUGGAGAUGGUUUGCAACCAAAGUACAGCUCAUGUAAUCCUUCUAAGGUCGUCAAUUAUCUGCUGGCCGACUCUGCCUGGUUCGGUCAUCCAUUGGGUGACAUCUUUCAUCCCUUGAGCGUCCGAGCACUGGUGAACAUAGCUUCAGCAGCAGCAGCAGCAGCAGCAGCAGCAGGUGUUCUGGCAACAACAGUUAUCGAUUACAAGCUAGAAGCAGCAGCAGCAGUUCUGGCAGAAGUAGAAAGCAGCAAUUCUGGCAGCAGCCAGUUGAAACAAGAACAAAACCAAGCCAGCCUAAAGAGUGUUUAUUUUCACCAGUUGCUGGACUUUCUUGAAGUUCUCUGCCUUAACUGUGACUAUCACCGUUGGUAAUGCAUCCCAUCUUUGUAUUGAAAGUCCUAUCUUGAUUUGUCAUAGAUUUGAUUUCUAACAUCUUCCAUUUUUAUAUCCAGGAUAGAGAUAUUUACUUAAACUUUUAUGUUUAAAGUGUAGUUAGGUUAUCAACAUGUUGGUUGAUCUAUGGUGAAUUUGCCUUUUAUUGGGUUGUAAACUGUUUUGACAGGUAUAUAUUAAUGUAUUAUAACAUUCCCGGUAUUGGGGAGGGUCAAAUUACAAAGGAAAUAUUGUCAAAA